UCUGCGCCGGGUCUUCUCCUGCAGUUGCCCUGUGGCUCCGUGGGCGGGUAAACUGCGUGUUGCUGCGUCAUCGUCAGUGGCCGGUUUGAAUGAGACUCUCGUCGCACCCGUGCUGCCGCCACUACCGCGCCUCCGCCUUGGCCGCCGCCACAGCUUCAUCGCGUCCCUUUCCCUUCGACGCCCUUGCCAGGCCCAGCCUUCCUGCGCCGCCGCCGCCGCCCUUUGUGCCGCCAUGCCGCUUUAUUCAGUUACUGUGAAAUGGGGAAAGGAGAAGUUUGAAGGUGUAGAAUUGAACACUGAUGAACCUCCAAUGGUGUUCAAGGCUCAGCUUUUUGCACUGACUGGAGUCCAGCCGGCCAGACAGAAAGUUAUGGUGAAAGGAGGAACGUUGAAGGAUGAUGAUUGGGGAAACAUCAAAAUAAAAAAUGGAAUGACUCUACUAAUGAUGGGGUCAGCAGAUGCUCUUCCUGAGGAGCCCUCAGCUAAGACUGUCUUUGUAGAAGACAUGACUGAAGAACAGUUAGCAUCUGCGAUGGAAUUGCCAUGUGGAUUGACAAACCUUGGUAACACUUGUUACAUGAAUGCCACAGUUCAGUGUAUUCGUUCCGUGCCUGAACUCAAAGAUGCCCUUAAAAGGUAUGCAGGUGCCUUGAGAGCUUCAGGGGAAAUGGCUUCAGCACAGUACAUUACUGCAGCCCUUAGAGAUUUGUUUGAUUCCAUGGAUAAAACGUCUUCUAGUAUUCCACCUAUUAUCCUACUGCAGUUUUUACACAUGGCUUUCCCACAGUUUGCGGAGAAGGGUGAACAAGGACAGUAUCUUCAACAGGAUGCUAAUGAAUGUUGGAUACAAAUGAUGCGAGUAUUGCAACAGAAAUUGGAAGCUAUAGAAGACGAUUCUGUUAAAGAGACAGAUUCUUCAUCUGCAUCAGCAGUGACACCUUCUAAAAAGAAAAGCUUAAUUGAUCAGUUCUUUGGAGUUGAGUUUGAAACUACCAUGAAAUGUACAGAAUCUGAAGAAGAAGAAGUCACUAAAGGGAAGGAAAAUCAGCUUCAGCUUAGCUGUUUUAUCAAUCAAGAAGUCAAGUAUCUUUUUACAGGACUUAAAUUGCGACUUCAGGAAGAAAUCACCAAACAGUCUCCGACAUUGCAAAGAAAUGCUUUAUACAUCAAAUCUUCUAAGAUCAGCCGACUACCUGCUUACUUGACUAUUCAGAUGGUUCGAUUUUUUUAUAAAGAGAAGGAAUCUGUGAAUGCUAAAGUUCUUAAGGAUGUUAAAUUUCCUCUUAUGUUGGACGUGUACGAACUAUGUACACCAGAACUUCAGGAGAAAAUGGUCUCUUUUCGAUCGAAAUUCAAGGAUCUAGAAGAUAAAAAAGUGAAUCAGCAGCCAAAGACAAGCGACAAAAAGAGUAGUCCCCAGAAAGAAGUUAAAUAUGAACCUUUUUCUUUUGCUGAUGAUAUUGGCUCCAAUAAUUGUGGAUACUAUGAUUUGCAAGCAGUGUUAACACAUCAGGGAAGGUCUAGCUCUUCAGGCCAUUAUGUAUCAUGGGUAAAAAGGAAACAAGAUGAGUGGAUUAAGUUUGAUGAUGAUAAGGUCAGCAUCGUGACACCAGAGGAUAUCUUGCGGCUUUCUGGUGGUGGAGACUGGCAUAUAGCAUAUGUAUUACUGUAUGGGCCUCGCAGAGUUGAAAUAAUGGAAGAGGAAAGUGAACAGUAA